GGUGAUUCGGUCUGUCCCAAACUGAGUGAACCAAGUGAGCCUAACGCACCCAACCUCAGCGUUCUGUGACAUCUGCAGCUCGCGAUGGCCAGACGUGCAGCUCGUGCAAGCCGUUUGCGAGGUCUUCAAUGCGGCCUCCUGUCGCUCUUCGUUGGGCAUCUGACGUUUGCACAGGUGAAGCCCCAAACUGUUGACGUGACCAGCUCGGAUCGCGCAGUUUCCGCUUCCAACGAAGGGGAGGCCGAGCGCCUUGCGGCAAAAGACGCAUUGCUGCAGAGCUUGAAGUCUCUUGACCGGGGCUUCAAGGCCAGCGAGCAGCAAAGGUUGGAGGUGUCCAAGCAGAUCGAUGCCUUGGUGCGUUGGAAUCCAAGUGCCGAGCCCGCGAAGAAGCUGGGUGGAGAAUGGACCUUGAUCUACACUGAUGCACCGGACAUUCUGAGCAUCCCCACCUCGCCCUUCGCCUCCAUUGGGAGGAUCGGCCAGGAGAUUGAUUCAGAGCAAGGUGUGAUCGCCAAUGUCAUUGAGUAUCGGCCAUCCACCUUCGCCACUGGCUUAAAAGAAUCAGCCUCUGAGGACCUCUUGGUGCAACGAGUCUUCACAGACUACGUGGUGGAGUCUGCAAGCUCGGUUGAACUGAAGAUCCGUGGACUGGGUAUUCAUCCCAGUCGGAUCCUGGGCUUUGAGGUGCCAGAGGUCUGGAAUGUGAACCUUAAAGGUCCGCAGGGAGGCCCAGCUGACCUUGCCCUUUGGCCGAUUCGAGAUCCUCUACUUGGAUGACGAGAUUCGCAUCAUUCGCACUGGCCAGGGCUGGUACAGCGUGAACCGCCGGGGAGUCUUUGGCUGAGUCGUGCGAGCUCGCCGCAUUUGUUUUCGCAGCACGAACCCGUGCAGCCACAGAUUGACUCUUGCGGUUCGUUUGUGAGACCAAACUUAAAAGCACUUGGCGAGUGGAGCUGAAAUCUAACGAUAUUUAACGAGUGACUUCCUGCGCAUUGUGAAGUCGCUUGUUGCUUUGUUGGUUCCGUUG